AUGGCGGUUGGAUUUGCGAUUACCGGUUCAGAAGGCCAGUAUAGUGGCAAGAUUACCCUAUUUGUGGUGUUGUCUUGUUUGAUGGCUUCCAUGGGAGGAGUUCUCUUUGGCUAUGAUAACGGAAUUACAGUGUUGUCUUGUAUGAUGGCUUCCAUGGGAGGUGUUAUCUUUGGCUAUGAUAUUGGAAUUUCAGGUGGAGUAACUUCUAUGGAGCCAUUCCUGAAAAAGUUUUUCCCAGAAGUCUACACCAGGAUGAAAGAAGACACAAAGAUUAGCAACUACUGCAAAUUUGAUAGCCAGCUACUGACAUUAUUCACAUCCUCGCUCUAUAUAGCUGGUCUAAUUGCUUCCUUCUUUGCUUCAUUGGUCACUGCAGCCUAUGGGCGCAAACCAUCUGUCCUUGCUGGAGGAGUUGCAUUUCUUGCUGGUGCAGCACUAGGAGGUGCAGCUGUUAAUAUAUACAUGCUGAUUUUUGGCAGGGUCUUGCUUGGAGUCGGUGUUGGUUUUGCAAACCAGGCAGUUCCUUUAUAUCUCUCAGAAAUGGCACCUCCCAAAUACAGAGGAGCAAUCAACAACAGCUUUCAGUUCAGUGUAGGAAUUGGGGCCUUAGCAGCAAACUUGAUAAACUAUGGAACCGAAAAGAUUACAGGUGGUUGGGGAUGGCGAAUAUCGUUGGCUAUGGCUGCAGUUCCGGCAUCAAUUUUAACUUUAGGUGCACUCUUUCUCCCUGAAACACCGAACAGUCUAAUUCAACGUAGCAGCAAUCACGAAAAGGCUAAAAAGAUGUUGCAAAGAGUUCGAGGCACGGAUGAUGUCCAAGCUGAACUAGACGAUCUCAUCAAAGCUAAUGAUGUUUCAAAAACCAUAAAAAACCCUUACAAGAGUAUCAUAAAAAGAAAAUACAGGCCUCAGUUUGUCAUGUCUAUAGCGAUACCAUUCUUUCAACAAGUAACUGGAAUCAAUGUCAUUGCAUUCUAUUCACCAAUACUCUUCCGAACAAUUGGUUUAGGCAUUAGUGCAGCUCUCUUGUCUGCAGUCGUAACUGGGGUUGUAGGUAUAGGAACAACAUUCAUAUCAAUGCUGAUAGUUGACAAAGUUGGCCGAAGAUUUCUAUUAAUAAUGGGAGGAAUACAAAUGUUUGUCUCUCAAUUGACUGUGGGGGGAAUUAUGGCAGCGAAGUUAGGGGAUCAUGAUGGACUAAACAAAAGUUAUGCUUUUAUGGUUCUGGUGUUGAUCUGCAUUUAUGUUGCUGGUUUUGGAGUUUCAUGGGGUCCAUUAGGCUGGUUAAUUCCCAGUGAAAUAUUUCCCUUGGAAAUACGAUCGGCCGGACAAAGUAUUUCAGUGGGCAUAAACUUUCUCUUCACUUUCGUGGUUGGCCAAACAUUUUUAUCAAUGCUUUGCCAUUUCAAGUCAGGGAUUUUCUUCUUCUUUGGAGGCUGGGUAGCAAUAAUGACAGCGUUUGUUUUCCUGUUAUUACCAGAGACAAAGAAUUUGCCAAUUGAACAAAUGGAUAGGAUCUGGAAAGAACACUGGUUUUGGAAGAAAAUUGUAGAAAAAAACAAGGAGGAGGUGAUUGGCAAAGUAGGUGGAGCAUCUCUUAACUGCUGA